AUGUUUAGUGGCGGUGGUAAUUAAAUUUAAGAGUUAGUUCAUCCGGAGGGAGAAGGAGCUUUAGAUUUCUGUUCAUUCUUUAGGAUUAUUAUUAUUAUUUUUUUUACUUUGACUUCAGAUGAAACAGAGGUGGAUUUGAUUAGUAUAGAACUAUUAUAUAGUGGUCACAUGGUCUGGAGCUUUAGAUUACAGAUAGAUACCUUCCCCUGCAAUGCUGUCUAGUUGAGCAGUGGAGGUCAGGCGGAGGAGGCUCAAGAUCUCGGGCUCCAGCAAGAGAAAUCGAAGUUGGAUGCUGCUGAUCGGAAAAAGAUAGCAUUUUGGGAUCCUUUUGAGGUUUUCAAGAGCAGAAAUGGCGCCAAGCCUGGAUCUCGGGGACUGGUGGGCGAAGGAGAUUCCCGGCGGCGGCACGCCGGUGGUGGUGACGAUGCAGAACCCGAACUACUCCGUCCUCGAGAUCGACAGCCCCGGCAGCGACGGCGGCGGCGGCGGCGGCGGCACCUUCAUGGACAAGGGCGGCCGCGGGAAGAACGCGAAGCAGUUCACGUGGGUGCUGCUCCUCAAGGCCCACCGCGCGGUGGGCUGCGUCGCCUGGCUGGCGGCCGGCCUAUGGGCCCUGCUGGGCGCCGUCCGGAGGAGGCUACUCCUCCGGCAAAGUCCGUCCGACGACAAGGGCCGUCUCCUCUUCCGCUUUCUCAGGGCCUUCCUGCUCCUCUCCCUCGCCAUGCUCGCCUUCGAGAUGGUUGCCUACCUGAAGGGAUGGCACUUCAAGAACCCUAAUUUUCGCGUUCCCGAAGCCGCGGACAUCCGCGGGUGGAUGUACAUUGCCUACGCCUCCUGGCUCUCCUUCCGGGCAGACUACAUUGCCUACCCCAUCCAGAGCUUGUCCUGCUUCUGCAUUUUCCUCUUCGUCGUCCAGUCGGUCGACCGACUAGUCCUCUGCCUCGGCUGCUUAUACAUCAAGUGGAAGAAGAUCAAACCCACCAUCGACGGCGAUCCAUUCAAACCGGAUGACGUAGAGGGAUCAAGCUCCGACUACCCCAUGGUGCUCGUCCAGAUUCCAAUGUGCAACGAAAGAGAGGUGUACGAGCAAUCUAUUUCCGCCGUCUGCCAGAUCGAUUGGCCAAGAGACCGUCUGCUGAUUCAAGUUCUUGACGACUCUGACGACGAGUUGGUGAAGCUCCUGAUUGCGGCAGAGGUCUCCAAGUGGAGCCAACGGGGAGUGAACAUCAUCUAUCGGCAUCGAUCGAUCAGGACAGGCUACAAAGCUGGGAAUCUGAAGUCGGCCAUGAGCUGUGACUAUGUCAAAGACUACGAGUUUGUUGCAAUAUUUGAUGCUGAUUUCACACCAAACCCUGAUUUCCUCAAGAAGACAGUUCCACAUUUUAAGGGAAAUCCCGAAGUCGGGCUAGUUCAGGCUCGGUGGAGCUUCGUGAACAAGGAUGAGAACCUGCUAACUCGGCUCCAAAACAUCAACCUGUGCUUUCACUUUGAGGUCGAGCAGCAGGUGAAUGGCAACUUCUUGAACUUCUUUGGUUUCAAUGGGACUGCUGGUGUGUGGAGAAUCCAAGCCUUGGAGGAAUCAGGAGGGUGGCUUGAGCGGACGACGGUCGAAGAUAUGGACAUUGCCGUGCGUGCUCACCUCGACGGCUGGAAGUUCAUCUUCCUCAACGACGUCAAGGUGUUGUGUGAAGUGCCCGAAUCUUAUGAAGUCUACCGGAAACAACAGCACCGAUGGCACUCCGGCCCGAUGCAAUUAUUCCGUCUGUGCCUUCCUGCCAUCAUAAAAUCCAAGAUAUCGAUAUGGAAGAAGGCUAACUUGAUCCUUCUUUUCUUCCUCUUGAGAAAGCUCAUCCUCCCAUUUUAUUCCUUCACAUUGUUCUGCAUAAUUCUUCCACUGUCAAUGUUUGUGCCUGAGGCUGAGUUACCAAUUUGGGUAAUCUGUUAUAUCCCUGUGAUCAUGUCCUUCCUAAACAUUCUUCCGGCCCCGAGAUCGAUCCCUUUCCUCGUACCUUACCUUCUCUUCGAGAACACGAUGUCAGUGACCAAGUUCAAUGCCAUGGUGGCUGGGUUAUUCCAACUCGGAAGUUCGUACGAGUGGAUUGUCACAAAGAAGGCAGGGCGGUCAUCGGAAUCGGAUCUUUUGGCGGCGGCCGAACGAGAUGCAAAGCCUAUGCAGCAGCUCCUUAGAGGUGUUUCAGACAGUGAGCUCAUUGAACUGACCAAGUUGAAGAAACAAGAGGAGGCUCCCGCUGUGAAAAGGAAGGAGAACAAAAUUUACAAGAAAGAAUUAGCGCUUGCUCUUCUACUCCUCACCGCCGCAAUCCGAAGUCUCCUCUCGGCACAGGGCAUUCACUUCUACUUUCUGUUGUUUCAAGGAGUGUCAUUUCUCCUCGUCGGUCUGGAUCUCAUCGGAGAGCAGAUGAGCUGAUCUAAAAAAAGAAACACACAAGGAGGUGCUGAAUCAACACAGUUAUUUAUCGAGCUAUCAUUCUCGUAUAUAAACUACAAUUUGUGGAUGGCUAGUGAAAGAGAACAAUGGCAGUUUCUAUUUGAUCAACAAGUAUAUAAACUUCAUAUGCAUCUCUAGAUCUACUUAGGAAUUUUCUUUCAUCCCUUAUUUUUGCUAUCUACUUUGCACACAUUCUGGCAAAUGAAGUGCUGUUUGCAGCACAAGGACUCUGGACUUGGUCUCUCUAUCUAAUUCCAUGUACAAGAUCUCGAGGACAAGAAGUUGUCCAUCUGUAUUUAUAGUGAGAGGGUUGAGAACUGGUGUUCUACAUUGGAUUAUACUUGGAUCGUGUUACAAGUAUCUGUAUAUCAUUAUUGAUUGAGUUGAAAACUGAAUGAAAUAAUUGUUGGUGCGUGCAA